UUUAAGUACCUUUAACAUUUCCUUUUCAUUGGAAUCAUAAACAACAGUAACAAGAUGACACACUCAAAUUUAAAAAUCAACCUCAACAAUAUAAAUGCAAAUGGACUGAUAAAAAGAAAAUAGAUACCAAAAAAGAAAUACACACACAUUACUUAGCAAUUACUUAGUACUUACUGUGGUUAAGAAAAUGUCAAAGCCCAUUGACAUUAGUAUAACCACUUAGAUUUAUUCUAUCACGCACCUACAGAGCAGGAUACAGAAAAUAAAUAACUUGACUUUUCAAAACAUCAUCUGUUUUCUUCCGAAGGAAUGGCUUUGCUGCCUAUCGCUGCCUUCCCCUACGUGGAGUAUUUCGGUGAGGAGUCGGACCUCGGACAGGAGACGGAGAGGGGCGUGUUCCUGGUCGCGUUGUUCCUGGUGGUGAUCGGGCAGGGCGGCAUCAAGGCUAACGUCGCGCCGUUCGCGGCACAGCAGGCCUCGGGCAUGACCAUGGAGACAGAACGGAGCUUCUUCAACUGGUUUUUCUGGAUGCUGAAUCUCGGAGCCGGGUUCUCCCUGUCCGUGAUCGCGUGGAUCCAGCAGGACGUGUCGUUCUGGAUCGGGUUCCUGAUCCCCGUCCUCACCACCGGGAUCACGCUGCUCACCCUCCUCACAUGCCGAUGUGCAGGCCGUCUCAACAUGGAGGAACCAAAAGGUAGCGCCGUCUCUACUGUAGUGUUGAUCUUGAGCGAUGCUGUCAAGAACAGAGUGAGGAAAGGUUCCCAUGGUAACGACGGCCAGGGCAUCUUAGACUAUGCAAAGGAGCAGUUCGGUGGACGCUGGUGUGAGACCAGGGUCGAUGAGGUGCGAGCUCUCGGCAGGAUCGUGCCGAUCUUCCUUCUCCAGAUCAUGUACAGGAUCGUCUUCUUCCAGAUGCAGACGACCUACUUCCUUCAGGGAGAGCGGAUGGAUCUACGUCUGCUUAACAGUGACGAGGACGACUCUGGGGACGAGCCCGGGAGCGUGCCCGUGGCGGCGCUCAACCUGUUCUACGUCGUGCCCGUCAUGGUUCUCGUUCCCACGCUGGACAAGAUCGUGUACCCAAUCCUGGACAGGAGAGGCAUACAGCUAACCAUGCUCAAGAGAAUAGGAAUCGGCAUGUUCCUCGGCAUACUGUCCAUCUGCGUGGCGGCGUUUGUGGAGAUUGCGCGAAAACAGAGGAUGGAGGAAGAUGGUGGCUCGUUCGAGCAGACUGUCGCGGGGGAAGUGUUCGAAGCCUCCACCCUAAGCAUCUUCUGGCAGGUCCCACAGUUCACUCUCAUCGGGCUGGCGGAGGUGUUCGCUAUGACAGCGGGAAUCCAGUUCGCGUAUACGGCGGAGGCUCCCCGAGACCUGCGCAGCCUGCUACAAGGGUGCUGUUUGACAAAUAACGUUUGCUUUUAA